UGGGGCACGCUUAUACUAAAACAACAUAUGCCUGUAACAUGUAAACACGUGUAAAACAACAUGCAUGUAACGGCUAUCUGAAGCUCAGAUCUAACUGGUCCCUGGGAUGGGUCCUGCGGGCAGGCCUUUUUGGUGAGGUGACAGGGGAGCUGAAACGUGGGUGUGAGGCCCGGGGUCAGAGACCAGCCAAGCACUGGAUGUACGGAGGGAGGGAGAGAAGGCCGGUGCGGCUGGAGCGCGGUGAGCGGGGGGAGGGUUGGGAGCAGGGGGACGGUAGGGCUUCAGAGGCCGCAGGAAGGAGUCUGGACCCUGUAUCCCAAGGGCAAAGGUCGGCUGUUUUAAAGCCGGGGAGUGACGCAAUCUGACCUGCGUCGUUGGAAGUCACUGCCGCUCUGUGCGGGAAAUGGGGUGGGAGCGAGGGAGAGAGACAGCAGAGAGCAGGCCCAGGAGGAGGCUGGCGUAGGGCCACGUGUCCGUCUGCGUCUCCAGGAAGCGGUCACAGAGAGUUGGGGUGCACACAUUAAUGGGGGUGGGAUGCCUGUGAAAGACAAAGGGGGAAGCAGCUGCGGGGGGCGGGGGGAGCCUCGGGCUGCCGUGCAGCUCUGACCCCUGAGCAAGGAGAGGGGUUUGGCCACAGUGGGUGAGGGGGACUCCUCCCUGGUACCCGAGGCCGAGGCCGAGGAGAGGGGGCUGCGCAGGCGGAAACUCACGGAGGCCCCUGGUCGCCAGCCGCUGGGUCGGAGGAGGUGUGAGGGCGUGAAACAGCGCUCCGGAGAGGACGAGAGCCUGCCCGGCAGGGGCGUGGACGGCCGGGGCUGGUGAGGCUGCAUGGGUGAUGCCACCCAGCCUGGCUCUGGGACUGCCCAUCUGUGCAGGCCCACAGGUGCCAGCUGGGAAGGAGGCAGAGGGAGGGGUGUUGGAGCAGGCCUAGUGGGUGAGGAAGGGAGUGGGAGAGGAGAGGACAGCGGUCAGGUCACGGAGAGGAGGGUGUGAGCAGAGGAGAGUGACUUGUGUGAGCCUGAGCGCUGGUGAGAGCCUGCCCGCGGUCCCCCCAGGCUGCCCGCGGUCCCCCCAGGCCGCCAGCGGUCCCCGCAGGCUGUCCAUGGCCACAGCGCGGACACCGGGGCCGGAGCUCCCUCCUCUGGUCUGGGCACCUGGGUCCAGCGCCAUCUCAGGGUGCAGGGCCGGGUGGGGGCUCUGACCCAGGCCCAGGUUGCAGCAGGAGGCGCUCUCGAGGCUGCCCUGGGAGGAAGCGCCCAAGAGUAAACAGCCUGAUGGUCCCGCCCCGCGGGUCUGUCACAUCCCUCACCGACCAGACCAGCUUCCCGGCAUCUCCCCACCAGCUGGCUUCGCUGAGGAUGAGGGAGCUUCGCCCCCCGGGGACGUGCGCGUGGGGAGUCCUCACCUCUGCCUGCCUCCUCCUGGGCUGCUGGGGCCUCCCGGGCGUGCAGGGACUGCUUCAGGCUUCGGAGACCCAGGAGGUGACUUCCCACUCCGGCCCUGAUGCUGCCUUCAGAGGCCGUCCUUCCUCUCGCCUCCGGAGACACGCUGCCGCGGGGGGCGUCCUGCACCUGGAGCUGCUGGUGGCCGUCGGCCCCGACGUGCACCAGGCUCACCAGGAGGACACGGAGCGCUACGUGCUGACCAACCUCAACAUGGCGUCGGAACUGCUGAGGGACCCGUCCCUGGGCGCCCAGUUCCGAGUGCACCUGGUGCGGAUGGUCAUCCUGACGCGGCCCCAGGACGCCCCACAGCUCACAGCCAACAUCACCGCGUCACUGCUGAGCGUCUGCGAGUGGAGCAGGACGGUCAACCCCCCGGACGACGCGGACCCCGCGCACGCCGACCUGGUCCUCUACGUCACCAGGUUUGACCUGGAGCUGCCCGAUGGCAACCGGCAGGUUCGGGGGGUCACCCAGCUGGGGGGCGCCUGCUCCUCCUCGUGGAGCUGCCUCAUCACUGAAGAUACCGGCUUCGACCUGGGGGUCACCAUUGCCCACGAGGUCGGGCACAGCUUCGGCCUGGAGCACGACGGCGCACCCGGCAGCGGCAGCGGGUGCGGGCCCCACGGCCACGUGAUGGGGACUGACGGCGCCGCGCCCACCCCAGGGGGCCUCGCAUGGUCCCCCUGCAGCCGCCGGCAGCUGCUGCACCUGCUCAGCGAAGGACGGGCGCGCUGCGUGUGGGACCCGCCGGGUCCGCAGUCCGGGCCUGCGGGGCGCCCUCCCCAGGCCCACCCAGGUCUCUACUACGGCGCGGACGAGCAGUGCCGCGUGGCCUUCGGGCCUUCCGCCGUGGCCUGCACCUUCACCCCGGGGAGCCUGGACGCGUGCCAGGCGCUCUCCUGCCACACAGACCCCCUGGACCUCAGCAGCUGCAGCCGCCUCCUCUUCCCGCUCCUGGACGGGACCGAGUGCGGCCCCCAGAAGUGGUGCUCCAAGGGCCGCUGCCGCUCCCUGGCAGAGCUGACCUCCUUGGAGGCGGUGCACGGGCACUGGUCAGCUUGGGGUCCCCCCAGUCCUUGCUCCCGCUCCUGCGGAGGAGGCGUGGUCACCAGGAGGCGGCAGUGCAACAACCCCAGACCUGCCUUUGGGGGGCGUGCUUGCACAGGUGCUGACCUUCAGGCCGAGAUGUGCAACACCCAGGCCUGCGAGACCACCCAGCUGGCGUUCAUGGCUGAGCAGUGUGCGGAGACCGAGGGGCGGCCGCUGGGCCUUUCCCCAGGCAAUGCCUCCUCCUACCGCUGGGGCCCAGCUGUGCCUCACAGUCAAGGGGACGCUCUGUGCAGACACAUGUGCCGGGCCAUCGGAGAGAGCUUCAUCAUGCGGCGUGGGGACAGCUUCCGGGACGGCACCCGGUGUGUGCCAAGCGGCCCGCGGGAGGACGGGACCCUCAGCCUGUGCGUGUCGGGCAGCUGCAGGACGUUCGGCUGUGACGGCAGGAUGGACUCCCGGCAGGUGCCGGACGAGUGCCAGGUGUGUGGAGGGGACAACAGCACGUGCAGCCCGCAGAGCGGCUCUUUCAUGGGCGGAAGAGCCCGAGAGUACGUCACGUUCCUGACGCUGACUCCCAACCUGACCAGGGUGCACAUCGCCAACCACAGGCCUCUCUUCACACACCUGGCGGUGAGGAUCCGCGGGCGCUACGUGGUGGCUGGGAAUUUCAGCAUCUCCCCCAGCACCAGCCACCCCUCCCUCCUGGAGGACAGCCGCAUCGAGUACAGAGUGACCCUCGCCGAGGACCGGCUGCCCCGCCUGGAGGAGAUCUCCAUCCCGGGCCCCACCCAGGAAGACAUGGAGAUCCAGGUGUACAGGCGCUAUGGCGAGGAGUAUGGCAACGCCACCCGCCCGCACGUCACCUUCACCUACUUCCAGCCUAAGCUGCGGGCCUGGGCGUGGGCUGCCACUCGGGGGGCCUGCUCGGUGAGCUGUGGGGCAGGGCUGCGAUGGGUGACCUACAGCUGCCUGGACCAGGCCAGGAACCAGUGGGUGGAGGCUGCCCGGUGCGCAGGGAGCCCGCAGCCGGCGGCCUGGCCGGAGCCCUGCACCCCCGGGGCUUGUCCCCCAUACUGGGCAGCUGGAGACUUCGGCCCCUGCAGCACCUCCUGCGGGACAGGCCUGCGGGAGCGGGCGGUGCGCUGCGUGCAGGCCCUGGGCCCCCGCCUGAGGACGCUGCCCCCUGCCCGGUGCGCAGCGCUGGCCCAGAAGCCCGCGAUGGUGGAAACCUGCAGCUCCCAGCCCUGCCCCCCCAGGUGGGAGGUGUCGGACGUGUGCCCGUUGGCCUGUGGAGCGGACCUGGCCGCACAGAAUGUCACAUGCGCGCAGGGGGCGGGCGGCCUGGAGGCGCCAGCGACCGCCGGGCCCUGCUCCGCGGACCGAAUGCCAGCUGCCCUCGAGCCCUGCGUGGAGGUGGCAUGUCCUCCGGGCUGGGGCCCUCCGGACCCCCAGCCUCUGGGGGAGGAGGCUGUACCCGCAACAGGCAGCCCCAGGCUGGGGGCUCGCGCUGCCCACGUGUGGACGCCCCUGACGGGGCCCUGCUCCGUCUCCUGUGGCAGAGGCCAGACGGAGCUGCGUUUCGUGUGCAUGGACUCCACCUGGGGGACAGCUGUCCAGGAAGAGCUAUGUGACCUGGCGAGCAAGCCGGGGAGCCGGCGGGAGGUCUGCCAGGCUGCCCCGUGCCCGGCUUGGUGGCGGUACAAGCUGGCGGCCUGCAGCGUGAGCUGUGGGGGUGGGGUGGCGCGGAGGAUCCUGUAUUGUGCCCGGGCACACGGGCAGGACGAGGGCGAGGAGAUCCUGCCGGAUACCCAGUGCCAGGGGCUGCCUCGGCCAGAGCUGCAGGAGGCCUGCAGCCCGGAGCCCUGCCCGCCCAGGUGGAAAGUCACGUCGCGUGGCCCCUGCUCAGCCAGCUGUGGCCUCGGCACCGCCACCCGCUCCAUAGCCUGCGUGCGGCUGGACCGAGGCCAGGACACGGAGGUGGACGGGGCGGCCUGUGCGGCUCUGGCGCGGCCGCGGGCCAGCAUCCCCUGCAUCAUCGCCGACUGCACUUACCAGUGGCACCUCAGCACCUGGACACCGUGCUCCGUCUCCUGCGGGGAUGGCGUCCAGCUCCGGCGCGACACCUGCCUGGGACCGCAGGCCCAGGGGCCCGUGCCAGCCGACUUCUGCCAGCACCUGCCCAAGCCCGCCACGGUGCGGGGCUGCUGGGCCGGGCCCUGCGCGGGGCCGGGGACGCCCAGCCUGGCGCCCCCCGAGGAAGCCGCUGCUCCAGGACAGACCACGGCUGGCCCUGCCGCCGCUUCCCCGGAGUGGCCCCAGCCCUGGGCCCGCCUCCUCUCCCAGGAGAGCCCUGGGGGGACCGGUCCCUGUGGCCGGCAGCACCUCGAGCCGACAGGAGCCAUCGACUUGCGAGGCGCCGGGCAGGCGGACUGCGCCGUGGCCAUCGGGCGGCCCCUGGGUGAGGUGCUGACCCUCCAGGUGCUGGAGAGCUCCCUCAACUGCAGCGCCGGGGAGCUGCUGCUGCUCUGGGGCAGGCUCAUGUGGAGGAAGGUGUGCAGGAAGCUGUCCGGCCUGACCUUCAGCUCCAAGGCCAACACCCUGGUGGUGACGCAGCGCCGAGUGCGGCCGGGAGGCGGAGGCGGAGUGGUGCUGCGGUUCUCCAGCCGGCCCGCCCCGGGGGCCUUCCACAGAGAAUGUGACACGCAGCUCUUUGGCCCCCGGGGUGAGAUUGCCAGCCCACUGGUGAGUUCCGGUGGGAGGACCGCGGGGGGCUGCCGCAUCUUCAUCGACGUGGCUCCGUGGGCCCGUAUCGCCAUCCACGCCCUGGCCACUGACAUGGGCACCGAGGGAGCUGAUGCCAGCUACAUCUCGAUCCGGGACGUCCACAGUCUGAAAACGACCACAUUCCGCGGGCAGCAAGCGCUCUACUGGGAGUCAGAGGGCAGCCAGGCGGAGGUGGAGUUUAGCCAGGGCUUCCUGGACACACAUGCCCGCCUGCGGGGCCAGUACUGGACACUGCAGUCCAGAGCUCCCGCUCCCCGCACUGCCUCGCCCUAGCUGCCUCUCCCAGCACGACGGGUCCAGUGAGGGGUGCUCCCUCCACUUCUGGGGGGGCGAGGAGGGGAGCUGACC